AUGCUGACGUCCGAGAUUCUCGCGAGAUUACCGUUACUCAGCUCCAAGCGCAUGCGCAGCCAGUACAAUUCGGACCAAAUAGAAAUGACAGGACCAGUAGAUUGUGUUAUACUUCUUCUUUUAGUCUCUGUGACUCAUGCGGAGUUGCCUGUCAAGCAGCUGAACACGGAAAAUAUCCUAAUAAACGUGACAGCAGGGACGCUGACGGAUACCCAACUUCAAGAUCCUAACAACUUGCAGAUCAAUCUGAACAUAUCGGUGGGCGAAGAGCAGAUUCUGGUGAAUGACAUUCCUGUGGAGCUGUCUGGAGUCACCAGGUUCAACUGCCAGGCUCUUCUCUUGGACAGCAUCAAUGGAAGCAGCAAGUUUGAAUCCGGGGACCUGGUGUCCACUGUCACCCGGGUGAUGGUCAGCCAAAAUCGGCUGUACAGCGACUCGGAGGAGGUGGUCGCCCUGCAGGUGUUCAGCGAAGUAAUCGAAAUGGAAGGGAAAGAGGUCCAGCAACCGGAGAUGUGUGAGGUGAAAAUCCUGAUGAGCCCGGACUUUCAGAAGCUGGCCCAGUUCACCAACGUCUACCCCAUCGGGCACAGCGAGAUCUUCAGGGUUCCCAGAGAAAACGACAAUUCGGACCAAAUAGAAAUGACAGGACCAGUAGAUUGUGUUAUACUUCUUCUUUUAGUCUCUGUGACUCAUGCAGAGUUGCCUGUCAAGCAGCUGAACACGGAAAAUAUCCUAAUAAACGUGACAGCAGGGACGCUGACGGAUACCCAACUUCAAGAUCCUAACAACUUGCAGAUCAAUCUGAACAUAUCGGUGGGCGAAGAGCAGAUUCUGGUGAAUGACAUUCCUGUGGAGCUGUCUGGAGUCACCAGGUUCAACUGCCAGGCUCUUCUCUUGGACAGCAUCAAUGGAAGCAGCAAGUUUGAAUCCGGGGACGUGGUGUCCACUGUCACCCGGGUGAUGGUCAGCCAAAACCGUCUGUACAGCGACUCAGAGGAGGUGGUCGCCCUGCAGGUGUUCAGCGAAGUAAUCGAAAUGGAAGGGAAAGAGGUGAACCCCCUUCUCCUGCUUGUUAGAUCUUGUCCAGCAACCGGAGAUGUGUGA